AGAUCAAGUCAAGUGGAGCUCACCUUUAAGAAAAAACCCUCAUUUCAACUCGAGAACGGCGAGGAGUUUCUUUCAAGGAAGCACAAUCGGCAACAAAAAAAAAAUCACAAUCACACGACUUCAGGUGGGGAAAACCCCCCCACAACAACCACCUUGACCUGCGUUUUCCGGCGAAGUCUACUUUUCUGCAUGAAUGCCAGCGUGUGUUCUCACUCUACCCUGAAGUUCAACACCUCAGCCCUACCCACAAUGCACUGUGGGAAAGGUAACACCCAUUUUGUUGACUCGUCGGAAACGCGAGGCAGACACUCCCAGCCUGAAGACAAGUGGAAAGAAAAGCAAAGACAGAAGAGACCCACAGUUGACUCCUUUCAUGCCACUCGGGGGUCGGGAUGCCCACCAACUUCACUGUGGUGCCAGUGAAAGAUGCCGAGGGCGACGGCGACAGCGCGGCUGCAGCUGGGGGCGGCAAACCUGUCAGCCUCAACAACAUUUUCAGGGAUGACGAUAGAGACGUUAACUCAGACGGAUCCCAGUCAGGAGAUGACAGUCAGAGGGAGUCCCGGCCGUUCAUUUUGGACGAUGAUGUGCAACCGUCCAAUGGCAAGACCAUGGCCCUGUUUGAGGAGGAGAUGGAUAGUACCCCCAUGGUGUCGUCGCUUCUAAACAAGCUAGCCAACUACACUAACCUGACCCAGGGUGUUCGAGAACACGAGGAGGCUGAAGAUGGGCUCAGAAAGGUUGCUGUCAUGGUCCCCCAAAUGGGAACGUUCAUCGGCGUGUACCUGCCCUGCAUGCAGAACAUCCUGGGCGUCAUCCUUUUCCUGCGCCUCACCUGGAUUGUGGGAACGGCGGGGAUCCUGGGGUCGUUCGCCAUUGUGUCCGUUUGCUGCGCUUGCACGUUGCUCACAGCCAUAUCGAUGAGCGCCAUAGCAACCAAUGGAGUGGUCCCAGCGGGCGGCUCCUACUACAUGAUCUCCAGAUCACUGGGACCAGAGUUUGGUGGAGCAGUGGGUCUCUGUUUCUACCUGGGGACCACCUUCGCUGGAUCCUUGUACAUACUGGGCACCAUAGAGAUCCUCCUGACGUACAUUGUUCCUACAGCGACGGUGUUCGAGGCUACAAGUGUGGAAGGUGAAGGCACAGCGGCGCUAAACAACGUGCGUGUCUACGGGACGUGUUGCCUGCUUCUGAUGGCGCUCAUUGUGUUUGUCGGGGUAAAGUAUGUGAACAAACUGGCCCUGGUGUUCCUGGCCUGUGUCAUGCUGUCAAUCAUGGCCACCUAUGCAGGAGUCAUCAAGACCGUCAUCGAACCACCAGAGUUUAAUGUUUGUCUCCUGGGGAAUCGGUCUCUGACCAAUGAGAAAUUUGAAGUUUGUGCCAAGACUGAGGUUGUGAACAACAAGACCGUGACCACCCAACUGUGGAGGCUUUUCUGUGACAGUGAACAUCUCAAUGCCUCCUGUGAUGAGUACUUCACGCUGAACAACGUCACGGAGAUAAGAGCGAUCCCGGGACUCCUCAGUGGAGUUCUCAAAGAUAACCUGUGGGGCGACUACGGUCCAGCUGGUGCGGUAAUCGAAAAGAAAAGCCAGGGUUCGGUACCAGCGCAAGACACGUCCAAUGAUAUCUACAAGCCCUACGUCUUCAAUGACAUCACCACCUACUUCACGCUGCUGGUGGGAAUAUACUUCCCCUCCGUCACAGGUAUAAUGGCUGGCUCCAACAGGUCGGGCGAUCUAAGAGAUGCCCAAAGAUCCAUACCGUUUGGAACCAUAAUGGCCAUUCUCACCACCUCUUUCUUCUACAUUUCCUGUGUGCUCUUGUUUGGCGCUUGUAUUGAGGGAGUGGUGCUGAGGGACAAGUUUGGGGACUCGGUGAGGAAGAAUCCCGUCAUCGGUGUCCUGGCCUGGCCAUCACCUUGGGUGAUUGUGAUCGGAUCGUUUUUCUCCUGUUGUGGGGCGGGGCUUCAGAGCCUCACCGGCGCCCCCCGGCUGCUGCAGGCCAUCGCUCGUGACGGGAUCAUCCCAUUUUUACAGAUUUUCGGUCAUGGCAAAGCCAACGGUGAGCCCACCUGGGCUCUGCUGCUGACAGUUGGCAUCUGUGAAAUAGGAAUCCUCAUCGCUUCCUUGGAUGACGUGGCCCCCAUUCUGUCCAUGUUCUUUCUGAUGUGCUAUCUCUUUGUCAACCUGGCCUGUGCUGUUCAGACUCUGCUGCGAACUCCCAACUGGAGACCUCGUUUCAAGUUCUAUCACUGGACUCUGUCUUUCUUCGGGAUGAGUCUGUGUCUGUCUCUCAUGUUCAUCUCCUCCUGGUACUACGCUCUGGUUGCCAUGGUGAUAGCUGGCUGCAUCUACAAGUACAUCGAGUACAGAGGGGCGGAGACGGAAUGGGGAGAUGGGUUACGAGGGCUGUCUCUAAAUGCAGCACGCUACGCUCUGAUUCGUCUGGAGGAAGCCCCGCCACACACCAAAAACUGGAGGCCCCAGCUGUUGGUGUUGUGCAAGCUGGACUCACGCCUGGCCGUCAAGCAUCCUCGCCUCCUCUCCUUCACCACACAGCUCAAAGCAGGAAAAGGACUCACCAUCGUCUCUUCUGUCCUGGAGGGAACCUUCAUGACCCGAGGACCUGAUGCCAAGACCGGAGAGCAGAACCUGAAAGCUGCCAUGGCUGCAGAACGAACCAAAGGUUUCUCCCACGUCGUCGUGUCCUCCAACCUGCGGGACGGCUUCUCUCUGCUCAUCCAGUCAGCAGGCCUGGGUGGAAUGAAACACAACGCAGUCCUGAUGGCUUGGCCGGCAGGCUGGAAGCAAGCGCGGGACUCUUCCCCAAGGAGGAACUUCAUAGAGACCGUAAGGGAGACGACGGAGGCGCAUCAGGCUCUGCUGGUGGCAAAGAACAUCGACCACUUCCCGGGAAACCAAGAGCGCCUGGAGGGAGGACGGAUCGACGUGUGGUGGAUCGUCCAUGAUGGCGGACUGCUGAUGCUGCUGCCCUUUUUACUCAAUCAACACAAGGUUUGGAGAAAGUGUAAAAUGCGCAUCUUUACGGUGGCUCAGAUGGAUGACAACUCCAUCCAGAUGAAGAAAGACCUCCAGAUGUUCCUUUACCAUUUACGGCUGGAUGCGGAGGUGGAGGUGGUGGAGAUGCACGACAGUGACAUCUCGGCAUUCACCUAUGAGAAGACGCUGAAGAUGGAGCAGAGAUCUCAAAUGCUCAAACAAAUGCAGUUGUCCCGCACGGAGCGGGAGAGAGAGGCUCAGCUGAUUCACGACAGGAACACGGCGUCUCAUUCCACCAAGGAAGACAAAGCUUCCUGUAGCGUGCCCGAUCGCGUCCACAUGACCUGGACCAAAGACAAGCUCAUCAACGAGAGGAACAAACACAGGGAAGGAAUGGGAGUUAAGGACGUGUUUAACAUGAAACCCGAGUGGGAAAAUCUCAACCAGUCCAACGUGCGGCGAAUGCACACGGCUGUGAAACUCAACGAAGUGGUGGUGAAGAAUUCACGUGAUUCACAGCUGGUGCUGCUCAACAUGCCAGGUCCCCCCAAGAGCAAGAAAGGGGACGAGAACUACAUGGAGUUCCUAGAAGUUCUCAUGGAAGGACUGGAUCGUGUCUUGUUGGUUCGUGGAGGAGGUCGGGAGGUGAUCACCAUCUACUCUUAGUGACGGUGGAAGGGUGGCAGCGCUGGAAGGAAGACCGUGGUGGAUGGUGGCAGUUGGGGGCAAGUCCAUGCAUGCGACGUCGGACGUGGAGCUCAAAGCAAGGCUUCAGUCUGACAGUGCAUCAUCAAGACGCCCCACCCUGCAGGAGAAAUGUCUCGAGACUCAAGAUCAACAUUGGAUGGAUCCAUGAGCUUCAGCACGAUGAACCACUUGAUGGGGAGCUCCUGCUGCCUGUUUGAUUUCUCAUGAUGGUCAUCCAUGCUUUCUUUCCCACUUUCACAAGCUUGUGGCUCACGUUCACGCUCUGAAAUGCAUUUUUGUCUCGUCUUCCAGUGGAUUGAAAACAUCUAUACAUCUUACCGUCAGGAAAACAAGACUUUUGAAAGUAUUUAUAACGAGCACAUGCAGUUCAGUCACAAUCCAGUCCAACUACUGCGUCCAGGAUAUGGUACGUGCAGCAUGGAACUGUGCUUUGGACACUGCUAAAAAAUACAAAUAAAGGGAAUACUUCAAUCACACACCCCAGAGCUCAAUACAUGAUACAUUCCACCUGCAGAGCCCUCACACGCAGUUGUGAACACAUUAAAAAUGAUGCAAUGUACAGUAUAGCUGCUCAAUGAUGGCGGAAGACGCGGGUGUCCUGUGGUUUUCAAGCGGGGGCCACAUAGUGAAAAAUGAAAGGAUGCAACUUUGCCACUUUGAUGUUUUGUAAAGAUAUGCUUAGACUAUUAUUAAUACCUACAAUAACA